AUGUGGUCCCGACGACGAGGAAAAGGAGAGGAAGCACCACCCUUGGAACCGGAAAUGGAAUCUGCUGUGGAGCCGCCCUCCUCGGCCAGUGGCCAUUCCCAACUCUUCCUGGGGUUGGUGGUCUUUUUGGUGGGCGUCGUGGCCGCUUCGUUGUUUUCCCGCGACAGCAGCAUAAGUUUGACGACAGGGACUACUACUAGUAAGACUGUAUCCACUCGCACUAAGAAACGAGGCAAAUUGGGAGAUGGCUGUUUUCAUAUUUUCUUGGACGUCGGUGGUGACUUGGGAUUGCAUGCCCGGUUUGUGUUGGAACCCCAAUGGUAUUCCGAUGCCGUGGAGACACACAAGGUAAUCGAUGGUGCCUUUGGUCCUCCUUCCAAACGCGACAAUCGAGACAUUUGUGUAUUUGCCUUUCCCAAUGCCAUGGCCCCGGAAGACCAAGCCGUCGAUGAAGACAUGGUAGAGUUGCAUCAGAAGAGGCGCAAUCGACGACAACAGUUGCAAGCGGCAUAUGCCAAAUUGGGAUGGAAAUUUCUUUCCAUAGAACCUGACACAAAUACAAUAACAGCAGCAACCAACACUACCAAGAAGACCAACAAAAAACAUUCCGACGCCCCCGGUGUCCAAGUGGCCAAAUGGAUGCAAACACACCUUCUGAAUCGACAACUUCCCACGACGAUUCACGGCGACUAUCAUGGCACUGGCGACACGGGCAAUAUCGUUGUCAAGUUCGAUGUGCCUCAUUUAGAACUCUUGGUGGCUCCGGGAACGGCCCUUCGCGAAGCCACUUGUCUCACCAUGGAUCGAUUCUACGGGGAAUGGAAAACCUCACGAGAGGCAGUAGCCAAAGGGCACAAUCCCGUCACUGGGUUGGGAGCCCUCGCGUCCAAAUACGACACUCCCGUAGACGCUCAAACGGCCUUUGGGACGCUGUGGAAUCUCAAACAACAACAAUUGUCAAGUUGCAAAUCGCAGUGGUUGGGAAUGUUCAAAGAAGAACAACAACUCGUCGAAGAGGAUGUGCCGUUGCCCAUGAUGGUGGGUGGGUGA